CAGAAACCAAUGACAGAACAUCCAGAAACAGGAAAUCCUCUAGAGCCAGCAUUGAUGGGGGCAUUCGGGGCACCAAAGAUGAGACCCCCGAAGUCUCCAUUGAGCUUCUCCACACGGUACAGACUGACACCAGCGCCGACACCCUACAGAAAGCCGUCUGCUUCAACCCGGACUGUACCAAGCUGCUCACGGGGGGAGUGGACGGGUACCUGCGUGUGUGGGAGUUCCCCGGGAUGAAGAAGCUUCUGGACUUCAAAGCUCACAAUGGUGAAAUAGAGGAUAUUGCAUCCAGCCCUGGGAACAAGAUGGUGAGUGUGGGGCAGGAUUUCCGCUGCUGUGUGUGGGAGGCAGAUCAGCUGCUCAUGGAGCUGCACUGGAACGAGAACCUACCCAGUAUCCCUGAUAAAAUGUACAGAUACCGAGCCUGCAGAUUCGGGAAGGUGCCGGACCAGCAGGACGCCCUCUGUCUCUACACUGUUCAGAUCCCCUAUAAGAGGGAACGCCGCCCCCCCCCCUGCUACCUCACUAAGUGGGACGGCCUGCGCUUCCUGCCCCUCGUCACCCAGCCGUGUGGGAACGAAGUCAUCUCCUGCCUGGCAGUCAGUGACUGCGGCAAGUUCCUGGGCCUGGGCACGGUGACCGGCUCGGUGGCCAUUUACAUCUCCUUUUCACUGCAGAGACUGUACUACGUGGAGGAAGCCCACGGCAUAGUAGUGACGGACCUGGCGUUCUUUCCGGGGUCUCGCCGAUGCCGAGAUCUCCAGGGGGACCACGAGACCGCCCUACUGAGCGUGGCCGUCGAUAGCCGCUGCAAGCUCCACCUGGUGCCCAAUAGAAGAACCUUCCCCGUGUGGCUGCUGUUGCUGCUCUGUUUCAUCUCGGUGGUCCUAGUGGUCUUUCUGCUCCAGGAAACCUUCCCGGACCUCCUAUAGGGGCAAUAACCCGCCAGUUGCCCAGAGAGCCAGCGCCAAGCAAGAUACCCACUUACGUUGGGUCAUUCCAGGACCCCAGUUGCCGUGACAUGGGGGCCACACAGGAGAGACUGUUAUGGGGCCACUCUGAUACCUUCCGUUGGGCUGGGGGAGUGGCCUGUGUGGCUUCAUGUGAUUUGCCGAUAGGGAGUGACGAAGGCGCUCAUCAGGAGAAGGAAUGCCCCCUGGCACGGUGGGGCAUCGGAGCAGCAAGCCUGUUUGUGUGGGGCUCCCAUAAGGCUCAGUGCUACGUAGGGCCCCGACAUUUCUCUCGUUUUCUGCCGGACUUUAGCGGGCGCCCCUGAUAAUGUCUUAGUAAAUACCCCAGUCUACUGUUGCGCCCAUGUAGCUGCCCCCCCCUGUUAAUUACCCCCCCACUGAGCCAAAGACUAAACCUACUCCCAUCCUCCCGAAUCUCCCAUUUGCUUAUGUUCCCAAGUGGUACUGAGAGUGCAUUAUGGGUAAUGCCAUGGCCUCUCGCUUUGUGCGUACCGAUUGGUCCCCAGUGUGGGGGGGAGGAGUCACUUUCAAUUUUACUAAAAAAUAUGCAUUUUACUGUUA